AUGGAUGCAGAAGGAACAAGCUCAGCUAAGAGCUCCUCAACCCAACCCGACCCUUGCUGCAAAACUCUGUCCCUCACCUGUAAAGCUAAGCUAUCUGCCAUGAUUGGGACUGGACACGCUUCAGGACAGCUCCACCAGCGCUCCAGGAUCCAGGGGGAAGAGGAAGCAGUGCGGGACGCUGAAAGAUUCCUGCACCCGAACGGAUGCCUGAGGCUGCCCAACUUUAACCUUCCACUUGCGGCAGCACUCAGCUGUACUCCAAGCAAAGAUGCGGUACAAAUCCUUUUCUACCCCAUUGGGAUAUUACUUUGUUUGUGUCUCUACUAUGCAAUCUCUGUAUUCACAUGGAAUAAACUUAGUGAAUCAGACUCAUUACCGAUAAUCUUUGCCAUCACCCCAACGUAUCCCCGCCAUGUGCAGAAGGCUGAACUCACUCGGAUUGCCAACACAUUUCGCCAGAUCCCUGCAUUUCAUUGGAUUGUGGUAGAAGACACAAACAAUAAGACAAGUCUAGUUACCAAUUUCUUGAAAUCUUCUGGAAUUCAGCACACCCAGCUUUGUGUUAAAACCCCUCCUGCGGUGACCAAGGCAAGAGGCACACUACAGAGGAAUGUAGGCCUUUCCUGGUUAAGAGAAACCUUUCAGUUGACAGAAGCUCCAUCAGGAGUUGUAUACUUUGCGGAUGAUGAUAACACUUACAGUCUGAAGAUCUUUGAAGAGAUGCGUUAUACCAAGAAAGUGUCUGUAUGGCCUGUAGGCUUUGCUGGUGGACUCCGUUAUGAAUCAUUGGUAUUGAAUGAUGCUGGAAAGGUCAAACAAUGGAGGGUGAGAUAUGACCCCUCAAGACCUUUUGCUAUAGACAUGGCUGGAUUUGCAGUUAAUUUAGACGUAAUCCUGGAGAAGCGCCAUGCUAUCUUUCGUCUGGAUGUGAGACCUGGAUACCAGGAGUCUAGCCUGCUACAAGAUCUUGCCACAAUGGGAGAGCUAGAACCAAAGGCAGAUAACUGCACCAAAGUCCUGGUCUGGCACACAAAGACCCAAAACCCAAACGUCAGUGGAGACCGAAAUUUUACUGACAGAAAUGUUGAGGUCUGAUGAUGAGAUAAUGGUGUGCCAUAAGCCAAAGUCUACAGUUAAGAACCGUGAAGUAGUUAAAGAUUUAUAAAAGGAGAUUUAAUGCUGCUAUAAUUUUUUAAUCCAUGCAAUAAAACAAGAUAUAAAACUAAAUAUAGUUGUUGGCCAUGUUUAUUCACUGUUUUCACAUGUCAUCUGAGAACUGACACUGCCUUUGUGAUGUUGUUAACCUCUGCCUCUAUGCUGUCCCAUUCCCAUUUAGGAACUUCCUGAGAUAAAUAAAA